UUUCUGUGUUGCCAAAAUGGGACGUCUCUAUCGUCAAAUAAUAAAAUAAUUAAACAAUCCUUUUGAAAUGUGUAGCAGAGUCAGUUACCUCCAUAUCCUAUAGCUCAUCACUUCCGGUGAGGCAAAACCCUAACCCUAACCCUAAUCUGAAUUUUAAUCCUAAAUGGAACCGGCGAACGACGAUGACCACCGAGCUAAUGGCUCCGACCACAGUCAUUUGGCUAAGAAACCUAAGCUGUCCACCAGAUCGUCUUCUCUCAUUACGGAUUCCGAAAUACGUGAAGAGUUCGCCCAUCAUCAGACCGGGAUAGCUCGUAUCAAUAAUGGCAGCUUCGGUAGCUGUCCGGCAUCCAUCAUCGCAGCUCAGAAGCGUUGGCAGCUCCGUUUUCUACAGCAACCCGAUGACUUCUUCCUUAACCAUCUUCAGAAGCGGAUUCUACAUUCACGGACUAUUAUCAAGGAUGUUAUUAAUGCGGAGCACGUGGAUGAGGUAUCUCUUGUGGAUAACGCUACUACUGCCGCUGCUAUCGUUCUUCAACAUGUUGGAUGGGCUUUCGCGGAGGGACGGUUUAAGAAAGGAGAUGCUGUAGUCAUGCUCCAUUGUGCGUUUCAGGCUGUUAAGAAAUCGAUUGAAGCUUAUGUCACCCGGGCUGGUGGUUCUGUGAUCGUUGUUCAUUUGCCCUUUCCUCUUCGUUCGGAGGAAGAGAUUGUUGCGGAGUUUCGGAAAGCCUUGGCUAAGGGGAAAGCGAAUGGAAAGAAGGUUCGGUUGGCUAUCAUUGAUCACAUUACAUCAAUGCCGUGUGUUGUCAUACCUGUGCGUGAUUUGGUUAAGAUUUGUAGGGAAGAAGGUGUUGAACGAGUAUUUGUCGAUGCUGCCCAUGCCAUUGGCAGUGUUCCUGUCGAUGUUAAAGAAAUUGGAGCUGAUUUUUAUGUAAGCAACUUGCACAAGUGGUUUUUCUGUCCUCCAUCGGUUGCCUUUUUGUAUUGUCGGAAAUCACCUGUAUCACCUGAUCUACACCAUCCUGUGGUGUCGCAUGAAUAUGGUAAUGGACUAGCCAUUGAAAGUGCAUGGAUAGGGACGAGAGACUACAGCUCUCAGCUAGUUAUACCUGAGGUGUUAGAAUUUAUAAAUAGGUUUGAGGGUGGGAUUGAGGGAAUUAGGUUGAGGAAUCAUAAGGCUGUGAUUGAAAUGGGACAAAUGUUGGCCAAUGCUUGGGGAACAUCGCUUGGCUGCCCCCCUGACAUGUCUCCAGGUAUGGCAAUGGUUGGUUUGCCUGUUAACCUUAAGAUUCUCAGCGAUAAGGAUGCUUUAAAUUUGAGAAAUCAUUUGCGUGACCAUUUUGCGGUGGAAGUCCCAAUUCACUACGAGGAAAUAAAGGAAUUACAGGAUGGUGAUGGCUACGUGACAGGAUAUGCUCGGAUUUCUCAUCAGGUUUACAAUAAGGUUGAUGACUAUAUAAAGUUGAAGGAUGCAAUUCUUCAGCUUGUGCGAGACGGAGUAACUUGUAAGAUGCUUCACUCAGAAUAAGAGUGCGGCACAGAUGGGGCCAAACGACUAACUUACAUUGCACCGAGUUUUAAGUGCUUCUCAAGAUGACUUCUACAAAACUGCAGUAGAUGAGCAAGAGAGGAUGAUGAUGAGAUAUUUUGACUUGUAAAUCAUCAAACAUAUCUUGGAUUGGAUAAUUUUUUUGAUGAAAAGACCAUGUGGUUUUCAUUGUAUACAAAUAAAACAAUUGUUUUCUAGAUUAUUAUUGAACUCCUAAUUUGAGAUAUACCCCAAGGUGUGUGCUAUUGACAAGAAGAAUCCACUUAGUAGAGAUAAAGAGGGGCAAAUUUCUGUCGGAUCCAGCCUAACAAGUGGCAGCCCAAUACAAGGUUUGUGGAGUCUGGGGCCAAAUUGGAGAAAAGGAGAACUUUGCGCCCAAUUCAAAUUUCAGAAUCAGUUGAAUUAGUAAAACCCUACCCAAACCAAACCCUGAUUCGGUCAAUGUUAAUUCUUGAAACUGGAGAACCAGAUACUUUGGCAACUGGACCUACUAAGGGUUAGAAAUUGAACCAACUGAAUGGAUACCCCAAGGUGUGCUCUAGACAAGAAGAAUCCACUUAGUAGAAUUGGAGAGGGGCAAAUCGUUGUCGGAUCCAGCUUAACAAGUGGCAGCCCGAUACAAGGUUUGUGGAGUCGGGGGUUAAAUUGGAGAAAAGGAGAACUUUGCGCCCAAUUGGCCCAAUUCAAAUUUCAGAAUCAGAACUAGUAAAAGCCUAUCCAAACCAGACCCUGAUUCGGUCAAUCUUAAUUCUUGAAACUGGAUAACCAGAUACUUUGGAAACUGGACCUACUAAGGGUGAGAAAUUGAACCAACUGAAUGGAUAUCCCUGAGAUGUGGGGGUAGACUCUGAACCAUAUGGGGUGUGGGCAUGGAGACCAAUCAGGAAUCUAUGGUCACAAAUGGAUGGAAAGAUGUAUAUCAAGGUGGGCAAUGGAAGCAAAACUAAAAUUUUGGAAAAAUGGCUAGAUAGAUCAAACCUCUCUUGGGGAAUUUUUUCAGAUUUGUUUCUAAUUUGUGAGAACCCUGAUGCUAAAGUGAGUGACUGUUGGACUUGGACAGAACAGGGAUGGGACAUCUUUUAGAUGACUACUUAAUGACUGGGAGGUGGAGAGGAUGGCAGCGGUACUGGAAAAACCAGCUGGAGUGAAUGUAACAACAACAGCCACAAACAAUAUCCUGUGGAAACAGAGUAAGGAUGGAGUCUUUUCAGUCAACAAUGCCUACAAAAGAGGACUGGACUACAGUGGAUGGCAGGGGGCCCAAAAUAUUGUUCUGGUAUUCCUACAAAAGUGAAGUGCUUCACCUGGUUAGUGAUAAAAAGAGCAUGUCUAACACAAGAAGUUCUAAAGAUGAAAGGCAGCUGGUCCCAGGGUGUUUCUUGUGCAACUUGACAGCGGAAACAAAUAACCAUCUUUUCCUUCAUUGAAACGUGUUUCUCAACAUCACAAGCAUGAACUGGACAAUGCAAGAACAUACAUCAGAUCUGUUGAGCUGCUGGAUUAGGAGGGGAGGCAGUAAGAGUCAAAAGAGAUUGUGGAAGCUAAACUAUCAUGUGUAUGGUGGUCAGUCUGGAGAGAGAGAAAUGAAAGAUGUUCGAAGAUAGGUCCAAUUCCAUCCACAAAGUUAAAUGGAAUUGUAAUUUGUAAAGUAUCUUUACUUUGGUGUUAACAACUUUGUAUAAAUGAUAUAGAUUAAAUUAUAGAUUUGAUAGGAAA